CGCCACAGAGGCCGCUGCCCCUGUGUGCCCCCUUCUUGUUCUCAACAACGACGGCAGCCACGCCCCUCGCCCUCUUCUUUCUCCUCCCACCCAUUCCUCGCAGCCAGCCAGCCUCGCUGGCGCCCUACUCUACUCCGUUGGUUUAAGCCCGCCGCAGCCGUACCCUACGUCUCCCCUAGUCCUCGUACCCUAUACCAUGAGCUUUCUCACUUCUUCCCAGCGGAACUACGACGGCCUUUCCCACUCGGACGUCGCGCAGCUCCCGCCCAUACACAGCUCCGUUUCGAGGAUCCCAAUGCAUCCACUUUCGUCAUUCGACAACCUCCCGCCAGUCACCCAGCUUCCACCGCUGGCCUCAGCACCCCCAACGCCGAGUAACGCCGUGCCUCCGUCACCGGUCCUAGAUCGUCCAGUCUCUCUGCCAAAGCUUGGGCAGACACGCUGCUACUGGUGCCUCCUCACCCCAGACCUCCAAUUUAUCUAUCUCGAUCCCGUUCUCGCCCAUCACCUGGGAGAACAGGCCGACCUCUUAGUAGGCAAGUCGCUUCUGGCCUACGUCCACCCGGACGAGCAGGCCUCCGCAAAGCUUGACUUGGGGAGUGUGUUGGAGAGUCGGACACUGCAUGGGAGCGUCACCCGAGUACGCUAUUCUCGCCUCUCGCGUGUACGCAGGCAGCUGGGUUACCAAGGGCCUACACAUGAGUUCGCAGACGCAGACAAGGUCUCCGUGGAUACGAACUACAUGGCUGUGGACCUCGUCAUCAACUGGGCGUCCGACGGGCUCGUGUUGUGCUUCAUGCAUGCGGUCGUGGACCUCUCGCCUCGCGAUAACGACGAGCACAACAAGACGCCUUGGACCAACUGGUGUGGCACACCGUACAUGAACACUGAGCAGGUCCAGAUUUUGUAUCAGCGCCUGCUUGCUGUCGUGCCGCAGCCGCUCUCCAUGAGCCGGGUGUUUCAGAUCCUGCUUAACCUGCCGGAACGUUCGUUGUACAUGAGCUGGCCCCCUGAACACCAGGAGCCCGGUGGGCCGACUUCCAAGGACUUCGCGCGGCUAGCGCAGGACGUUCAAAUAAGUAACGCCGUUUCCAGUGGGACGGACGCCAAGACGAGCUGUACCAGACGGUACAAGGCACACCAAACGAUGCACUUCGGAGGAGACAAUAGCAAGGAAGUCGAGAGCAUCUUCAUCCCGCACGGUAUGUCCACCAACUCUAGUUCCACUCGAACAACGGCUGACCGGACGGGGUCAGGUUCUAUCAUCUUCGCUUGCCACAAAGUGCACCCGAGCACUCGCGACCUCAAUCCCAAUGACGCUGCAUCCCAGUCUCAGCACUACGCUAACCACCCAUACCAAGACCCGGCUCAUCCUUCAUACAACCUGCCGCACCUACCCGCUCAGUACCCUAGUAAUAUGUCUUCCACGCAUUAUCCGCCUUCGCACUAUGCAAGCAACAACUGGUCGCACCCUCCUGAAUCGUCAAGCUCGCAAACUCAUUACCAAUGGGACCCUCAAGGCAACUCUCUCUCGUCGGCGCCGUCGGUCAGCAGCAUGCGUUCUUCGUCCUACCAUCAACCUCCCCCGCCCCAGCAGCAUCAAUGGCCUUCCCAGCCGCCGUACCUAGAUGCCCAUCCGGGUGCCCCGCCUUACAGCCCACAAGGGGCACCCUCCGGAUCGUCGUAUUCGGCACCGCCAUCACAUGACGAGGCCCCACCUUCUCCCGGUAGUGACACUGUGCCUCCCUCAAGGGUCACUCACAGGCGAGGGUCGAACAACUCGAGGGAGCAGUACGGGAACGGUGGACGCAGCACAGGGAACCCGCCCAUGGGCGUCCCGCGGUGCUCGAGCUGCAAGGUGACCCAGAGCCCGGAGUGGCGGAAGGGCCCCAGCGGCAAGAAGGACCUCUGCAACGCAUGUGGACUGAGGUAUGCACGAUCACGCGCGAAGAAGGAAGGCGGGCCCUCGCAGCAGUCACGCCGCCGCAAGGACCGGGUAUUCAAUUCGAUGCAGAAGGAUCACUCGCCGUCCGGUUCGCCGGGCCCCUACUACGACGAUGCAUCGUUCGGAUCGGCGUCGUCGAACGGCUCGCCUGGCGCGCCUGACUUGUACGCCCCAACGGCGCACGCUGGGCCGAGCUUCAAGGGCCCCAUGUCGCCCUCGCCCUCGCCCUCGCCAGGCGGUGGCAUGCAGCAUCACCCGCAUCAGCCAUACAUGCCGUACCCGCACCCGCAUCAGGGCGCCCCGCAUCCACUCUUGCAUGCCCCGCAAAACGCGCACGCUGACGCGCCUGGACGCUACUCGAACAGCUUCUAUUCAGUGCCGCCGCCUGCACCGCCGCACCCGCACCCGCACCAGCAGCCGUCGCUGCAUCACAUGUCGAGCCACAGCAGUCUUCACAGCAAUGGAAGCUACUCGCAGCCUCUCGCGGGCCCCGGUCAGCCGCCGCGCCUGGACCCCAUCGUGCCGGUUCCAUACAGCGCGGGUGGAAGGAUGUCCCCGUCGCCCAUAGGCGGUUCGCCACUCAGCACUAGCUUCUCCAGCGCGAGCUACGAGCGGGAGAGGCCGAUGAAGAUGCAAGACGACCGUGAAGGGCUGCCUCCGAGCCCUGUCAGCGCAGACCCGAGGAACAGGAGGUCGCCGUAUAAGUGA